AUGCCUCUCACUCCGGCCGACGUCCCCUCCCACAUCGCGACGGAAUUUCGUCGUCCUCUUGACCUGGUAGAGAAGGGCGCGACGGUUCCGGAUCUCUACGCUUGGAACGCGCAGGAGAACGCGAACUACCCUCUUUUCACCUAUCAAGACGGCGACAAGGUCGAGUUCAUCACCUAUGCUGCUGCUAACCGCGCCAUGGAGCGCGCCGCACGUUACAUUGUGUCCGGCCUCGACUCUAGGGAAGGUUACGCCCAGGCCACUGCCAACCAACCCACGAUGGCAAUUUUUGCGAGUGCUGACACGAUCACGUACUUUACCACGGCAGUAGGCGUGCUCAAGUCGGGAUGCACCUUGUUCCUCGUUUCCACGCGCAAUACAGCCGCGGGGGUGGCAGACAUGCUGAAGCGCACGAACACGACGCAGAUUCUCAUCUCACAGGAUGCGACCACCCGUGGGAUCGCGGCAGACGCGCUCAGCCAGCUCCCUGGCAGCCAGGUGACUGUGCGCGACAUGCCUGUGUUCGAGGAUCUAUACUCGGACGCGACGACGGACUCGGCGUUCACCGACGUGAACGUGAAGCUUCCGGAGACGCAUAAUCCAGAUGCAUUGGCUAUCAUCCUGCAUUCCUCCGGUUCCACGGGCCACCCGAAGCCAAUUCCUUGGACGCAUAGGCGGCUAGCCCUCUUCGGACGAGGACCGCUGUUCUGUGAGGUGGACACCUCACGGUCCAUCAUGGGCUGCCACGGAACGCCCAUGUUUCAUGGACUGGGUGCGUUCAUGUACGCUUCUGCGGCUAUUAGUGGCUACAUCGUCGCGGCUCUCAAACCUGCGAACCCACCAACGUUCCCCACGCCUGACGCGGUGUGGCAAGGCAUCACUGCGACCCACGCUGAUUACACUUGGACGGUGCCUUCCUUCAUUGAGGAAUGGGGUCGAGACCCAGAGAAGGUCGAGGUCAUGAAGAAGAUGCGCGGUGUGCUUUUUGGAGGCGCUCCGCUCAACCAGGAAGUCGGCGACUCGCUCGCUUCCCAGGGCGUGAAUCUGUUCACGGUAUACGGCCUGACGGAAGUCGGCUUGGUCAACGUAUUCGUGCGCCCGAACCCGGGCAUGGACUGGGCGUACUUCGUCCCUAUCCCGCUCCUUACAAUGAGUUUCCGCCCGCACGGAGAUAACAAGUUCGAGCUCAUCAUCAUGUCGCGACCCGACCUUCCUUUGCCUGUCAUCAACACGCAGGUAGAUGGUCACGACGGCUACGCAACGAGUGAUCUCCUCGAGCCGCACCCGACCAAGCCUGGUCUCUGGCGGAUUUUCGGACGGGCCGACGAGCAAAUCAUGCUGUCGAACGGAGAAAAGACGAAUCCGCUGCCCCUCGAGAAGAUCAUAAACGCGGACCCACACGUCAAGUGCUCGAUCAUGUUUGGCCGAGGAAGGUUCCAGAACGGAAUCCUUAUCGAGCCGCAGGACGAGUUCGCGAUCGACCCCAAGGACACGAAACAGCUGGAGGACUUCAGGAACAAGAUCUGGCCUUCCGUUGAACGUGCUAACCAAUGGGCGCCGCAGCAUUCGAGGAUCUUCAAGGAGAUGAUACUUGUGACAUCGCCGUCCAAGCCCUUCCAAUUCAACAUGAAGGGCCUCCCUCGCCGCAGCAUCAUUCUUGCCGAGUACGACAACGAGGUCGAGGCUCUAUACAAAGAUAUCGAAGACAGCGCCCAGGGAGACUUGCAGCCUCCAGAGGACUGGGACGAGGAGAGCACGCUUGCGUUCAUUCGUGGGGUGGUGGAACGCACACUGCGCCAUGCUCUCGCGGAUGACGAGGACAUCUUCCGUAGCGGCGGAGACAGCUUGCAAGCGACGUGGAUUCGCAACACCAUCUUGCGAGCCGUUCGCCAGACGGACGCGAGCGCUGCUAGACGCCUUCCGCCCAACAUCGUCUUCAAAGCGCCGACAAUCUCGGGCCUCGCCAGGAUCGUAUACGCAACGAUAAGCAACGGCGAGACGCUCGACGACGCAUCGCUCUCCCCACAAUCCCUCCUCACGUUCGUCGAGAAAUACUCGGCCGACUUCCCGGAGCGGCCUGCUACUCUUGUUGACCGCCCGGCGUCCUCCAAGGAGGUCGUCCUCAUCACCGGUACCACCGGCGGAUUCGGAUGCGACGCUCUCGAGCACUUGCUGCGCGAUGAGAACGUAGAGCGUGUGUACGCGUUCAACCGCAAAGGCUCGAAGGCACUGGAACGCCAGCAUGCGCAGUUCCAGGCCAGGGGUCUCGACGAGAAGCUCUUGGACACGCCCAAGUUCAAGCUCGUCGAAGUGGCUUUGCACGAGCCUGACUUCGACAUCGAGCCUGGGCUUCUAGACGACAUUAGGAACUCCGUCACUCAUAUCAUACACAAUGCUUGGAAGGUGGACUUCAAUCUGUCCAUUCACUCGUUCCAGCCCGACAUCAAGGGCGCGCGGAACCUCAUUGAUCUGGCCAUCAGCUCGCCUUACAAGACGGCGCCCUCUAUUUUGUUUGUCAGCUCCGUCGGGGUCUUCAUGAACUACCGGGGCACGGCGCCUGCACCUGAAGUAUCUCUCGAUGACCCGGUGUCCCCAUUCGGCACUGGCUAUAGCGAAGGGAAGUGGGUGACCGAGCACGUCCUGCAGCGGGCUACGAAGCAGAGGGGCGUCCACACGGUCGUCAUGCGCCUCGGCCAAGUUUCUGGUAACAAGGUCGGGUACUGGAACGAGAGGGAGUGGUUCCCUGCACUCGUCAAGUCGGCGCUGUUCCAGAAGUGCCUGCCCGACGUCGAAGGGAACAUCACCUGGAUUCCUGCCUACGAGGGCGCAAAGGCGUUCGCCGAGAUGCGCUACUCCCCGGAGCCGUUCUGCCACCUCGUCCACCCUCGCCCCAUCCCGUGGCACGACGUCAUCGCUCCGAUCGCGGAGGACCUCGGAGUCCCCCUCGUGCCGUACGCCGAGUGGCUUGCUACGCUCCAGAGAAGCGUCGAGGAGGGCGGCGCGGAUGAGGUCGAGCUGAUGAAGGCGAACCCUGCCCUCCGGCUCCUGUCGUUCUACAAGGAGCUCAAGUCGUCGCCAGAGCGCGAGCCCCUUGGUAUGGUAUAUCUUUCGACGAAGACGUCGACGCGGGUCUCGCCUACGCUCGCUGCCCUGCCUCCGCUGGAUGCGGAGCGCGCGAAGGGGUGGCUGGCGGCGUGGAAGCGGUCUGGGUUCUUGUAGUCUGUGUCAUGAGGUUGUCUGUCAUGUAAUAGAAGAAC